UAUUCUCUCACAACAAUGUGCCUUUGCCAAUGAGUGAAGUUUUUAUUUUAAUUACAAUUACAUGAAAUUUAAAACAGUAGUGCUUACUGACACUAUCUUCUUUCCUUCAAUACAGAAAAUAUCUUUCUGAACACUCUACGUUCUAUUGUUAAGCAUAAAAUUCAGGAGGGCACAUUUUAUUUUGUUUUGUCUAACAGUUUGAGAAUUCAAAGUUAUUUUGUCAAAUCCAAGUUAUAUUUUCUAAAUUUCACCUUUCUCAAGUAUCCAUAUUUUCUCCUCUAACAUUCUAUAAACAUCAUUUAUUAACUACAAAGCCAUUUAUAUUCUUAGCCUUGUUUUGUAGGUUAUAGUUUAUGAAAAACGUUCUUUUCAAAUUUCUGUCAAAGGAAGGCAAAUUAUAGUAAGGUGGUUGGUGAAUAUUUUACUUUUAACAUUAAUCAUAAUAAACUAUAAUGGGCAAAUGAAGCAUUUACUCUUUAGGAUUCUGGAAUGCUUGCUCUGUCCUUCAAAUAGUAUCCUUUUUCUUGGGAGAGGGAUUUGCUUCUUUCACUCCGACCACACAGCUCUGGUUGGAACUUGAGUGUUUUUCAAUUACUCAGCUUCCACAGGCCAAAGGUCCUCUACCCAAGGCAGACAGAUCAAAAUCCUUCCCCAUAAAGGAUCAUUUUUACUUUGUUGACUUCAAUAUCCUCUUCGUGUUUGUAGAAGAGGCAGUUGAACUCUGAGCCAGAAUUGACUACUUACAAAACAAGUGAUCAUUGCCAUUUGAUUUUAUUGGUCAUUACAUAUAGAACAUUUAUGAAGGAAAGCUCCUAAGACUGUACACCACACAGAGAGAAACAAUCAAACAAAACACACAUUUUAGUUUCCCUUCUUGAGUUAUAGACACAUUGCCAUUUGGAAAUUAGAAACUGGAUAUUUUAAAUGAUGUUUUUAUUCUAAAUCAGAAAAAUUAAUAACUUUUAUAAUAGAAUGAAAACUCCUCCAAGAGCAAGCUAUUUUGUGUUUCCUCCAUGGUGCUAUGGUCAGAAACUAAAUGAAUACCUGUACAGACAAACAAUUGUUAAAUGAAUGACAAUCCAGAGCUUUCUGUACUGAGUUUGUACCUUUUUUGAGGAAGAUACAUAUUUCUGUCACACAGAUUAGCUGUCUCAAGGAUGCCAAAUGAGGCUUAGGGGCAAAGGAGCGAGAAAGGAGAGAAUAGAACACUUUGACCUAAACCCUGAGCAUUUUAGUCCUUACAGAGCACUUAGAAACAAAAAUUAUCUGAAGUUGUAAAGCCGAACGCUUGGUGGCGCUGCAGGCUAAGAAAACGAAAACCUGCAGAAUUCACGCCUGUAAAAGCGGAGCCAUUUCUUGCAGCUGAGAAAGGAAGCUUUUUAAAUUUCUGCCGAUAGACCCUUUCAGAGAGGCAGAUACACCGUGUCUAGCAAUGCUAAAAAGAAAAGAAGCUCAAAAUUAUUGAGCCAAGAUCCCUCAGCUGCUCACAAAGCAGUUCUUGUGUGAUUAACUGCUGUGUCUUUUGGACCUGAGGGACGAUGGAAACACCACUCCACAGGGCACUACAGAAAAGGCAAGUGACCGCCAUUGUCUUUCUGUUACUAUUGUGGGAGGCAGGCAGUGCGACCAUUAAGUAUUCGGUUCUAGAGGAAACAGACAGGGGCUCUUUGGUGGGCAACCUUGCAAAAGAUCUGGGAUUGGUCUUAAGGGAUCUGGUCAUCAGGGGCGCCCAGAUUCUUAACAAAGGUAACAAACAGCUCUUGCAGCUGGAACAGAAGAGUGGAAAUUUGGUCCUGAAAGAAAAAUUGGAUCGGGAGGAGUUGUGCGGGAGCACGGACCCGUGCACCCUCCAUUUCCAGGUGUUACUAAAAAGCCCAGUGCAAUUUAUUCAGGGGGAAAUACAGCUCCAAGAUGUAAAUGACCAUGCCCCAGAAUUCAUGGAAGAUGAAAUUCUCCUUAAAAUCCCUGAAAGCAGCCAUCCAGGGGCCAAGUUUCCAUUGACAAUAGCUCAAGAUUUGGACGUCGGUAGCAACACAGUUCAGAACUAUACAAUCAGCAUGAACUCCGAUUUCCACCUUCUCACCCGCAAUCACAGCGAUGGCAGGAAAUACCCAGAGCUGGUGCUGGACAGAGUGCUGGACCGGGAGGAGCAGGCAGAGGUGAGAUUAACCCUCACAGCUCUGGACGGUGGGUCACCUCCCAAGACUGGGACUACCCAGGUUCUCAUCGUGGUGCUGGACAUUAAUGACAAUGCCCCUGAAUUUGCCCAGGGGCUCUAUGAGGUGCAGGUUCAAGAGAACAGCCCCGUGGGGUCACUUGUCAUCACUGUCUCAGCAAGAGAUUUAGAUGCUGGGACACACGGGGAGCUCUCCUACUCACUUUUUCAAUCCUCAAAUGAAGUCCUUCGGGCUUUUGAAAUAAAUACAGAUACCGGAGAAAUUAGAAUAAGAAGACUAUUGGACUUUGAAGAAAUUCAAUCUUACCGCAUGGAAAUCCAGGCCUCUGAUAGCGGAGGUCUUUCAGGAAAAUGCACAGUAGUAAUAGACGUGACAGAUGUAAAUGACAACGCCCCUGAACUCACCAUGUCAUUACUUAUCAGUGAUAUUCCAGAAAACUCUCCUGAAACUGUAGUCGCGAUCUUUGGAAUUUCAGAUCCAGACUCUGGAGACAAUGGGAAAAUGGUUUGUUCCAUACAAGACCAUCUUCCCUUUCUCUUGAAGCCUACUGAAGAAAAUUUCUACACUUUGGUAACAGAAGGCGCACUGGACAGAGAGAGCAGAGCUGGGUACAACAUCACCAUCACAGUCACCGACCUGGGCACACCCAGGCUCACAACCCAGCACACCAUAACAGUGCAGGUGUCCGAUGUCAAUGACAAUGCUCCAGCCUUCACACAAACCUCCUACACCCUGUUUGUCCAGGAGAACAACAGCCCUGCCCUGCACAUAGGCACCAUCAGUGCCACAGACUCAGACUCAGGCUCCAAUGCCCACAUCACCUACUCUCUGUUACCCACCCACGACCCGCAGCUGGCCCUAGACUCGCUCAUCUCCAUCAACGCCGACAAUGGGCAGCUGUUCGCGCUCAGGGCGCUGGACUAUGAGGCCCUGCAGACCUUCGAGUUCCACGUGGGCUCCACAGACCAAGGCUCUCCUGAGCUCAGCAGCCAGGCGCUGGUGCGUGUGCUGGUGCUGGACGCCAACGACAAUGCACCCUUCGUGCUCUACCCGCUGCAGAACGUCUCUGCACCCUGCACAGAGCUGCUGCCCAGGGCGGCAGAGCCAGGAUACCUGGUCACCAAGGUGGUGGCAGUGGACCGAGACUCUGGACAGAAUGCCUGGCUGUCCUUCCAGCUGCUCAAGUCCACGGAGCCUGGGCUGUUCAGCGUGUGGGCUCACAAUGGCGAGGUGCGCACCUCCAGGCUGCUGAGUGAGCGAGAUGCUCCCAAGCACAGGCUGCUGCUGCUGGUCAAGGACAAUGGAGAUCCUCCAAGGUCUGCCAGUGUCACUCUGCAUGUGCUGCUGGUGGAUGGCUUCUCUCAGCCCUACCUGCCUCUGCCAGAGGUGGCGGCGACCCCCGCGAAAGACAAUGAAGAUUUGCUCACACUGUACCUGGUCAUUGCCUUGGCUUCUGUGUCUUCCAUCUUCCUCUUGUCUGUGCUGCUGUUUGUGGGGGUGAGGCUGUGCAGGAGGGCCAGGGCGGCCUCUCUGGGUGGCUGCUCUGUGCCUGAGGGACACUUUCCUGGUCACCUGGUGGACGUCAGUGGCACAGGGACCCUGUCCCAGAGCUACCAGUAUGAGGUGUGUCUGACAGGAGGUAUUGGGACAAAUGAGUUCAAAUUUCUUAAACCAGUACUUCCCAACUUCUUGAAUGAAGAGGUUUAUAGGAACAGCGAGGAAAAUUCCAAUUUUAGAGAUCAUUUGGGGUUUAACUAGAAAUCGUACUUUGACCUUGUGUAAUUAAUUACUAAGUCUUCAUCGAUGCAUAUAUAAUUUUCCAAGUUUUCGCUCAUUGUAAAGAGCGAAUUAGCACGUUACUAAUAGUCACAUUUAUAGCUGUUUCUAAUUGUCGAGUACUGCUUGCAUUUUUGGUUAGUCAUCUUACUACACUCAAGGGCACAAAGUAGCUACAAAAAUGUUCUUUCUGGGUGGUAUUAUUUUCAUCACAAUUUUUAAAAUGUCACAGAUGUUUUCAGGUCCCUGGUAGUUGAGACUGUGUAUUUAUUUCUUAUAAUCAAAGGAGUCAUGUUUCAAAGUUAUGGUUAUCAUUAGGGUGAAUUUAACGCUAUUGUAAAUGAUGGCUUUCAGCUUCAAAAAUAAUUUUCAAUUAUGUGAACAUUUUUGUUAUUUUCUAAAUCCUAUGAGUCUGUUGCCUGGUCUCAAGAGCCCUGUUUUCUUUCUGCAAAUGAACCAUUGGUUAAUCAGGCUUAUGUUUCUAAACUGAGUAUUUUCUUUCAAAAUAGAUAAAAUUUAAUUGAACUAUCUUUUGGUAUUCUGAAAAACUCGGUCCAUUAUAUUAAAAAGUGAUAGACUUAUUGGUAUACUUGUGACCAAUUUUCCAUGAAUGGUUGGUGUAUAGAUAUUUAUUCUCAUCCUUUUAACAUGAUAUAUACUCUACAUAAUUAAUGCAUACACAGUAAGUACAAAGAAGAUGCAUUAGUAUGCUUUCACCAGAAAACUUGCAUUAAGUCAACAUUAUUCUAAAAUAUAUCUACUGGAGCUUGAGGUGUGGGUCAAUGGAAGAACAUGUGCUUAGCGUGCUGGUGCCCUAGAUCCAAUGCCCAGCAUCAAGAAGAAAAAAGUAAUUAAAUUCUUCAUGUGAAUGUAAAUGAGACCUAAACUAACAAAUGAGAACAGUUCUCUAAAAGUGAAUUACAAUAAACUUAUAACAUCUGAUUAAAACUA